CUGACUUUAAUCUCAGAAUUAUGAGAUUAAAGUCAGAAUUACUUUUUUUAUUUUUUCAGUGGCCCUAACCCUCUUACAGUGGCUCUGACUUUAUUGUAAUGAUAAAGUUUGACACUAGAUGGCGCCUCCGACGCCGACGCCACGUCGUGCACACGUCUUUCCUACCAGCGAGGAAGAGAUGUUCAAAUAUGUUUCAGCUGAAAUGUCAGGUAAAUGAUCUGCUCAGAGAAUCAAACGUGUGUUCAGUCAGUUCAGAGGUGCUGUCUGCCAUGAAGAGUUUAAUAUACGUCACUCCAACACGCUGCACAAAGCUAAAUAUGACAAGUUUACCCAACAAGAACAGGAACCACAGAGAGUCUGACGUCAAACUUCAGCUAAAGCUCUCUUCCACCUGCUCCCUACCCUCACUACAGAUGUUGUCUGCUGUUGGUGACGCCUCUUCUCUGCCGUUUAUCUUUAAUAAGACAGAAAGGUUAUUCAGAAAAAAGAGCCCAUCCUGUGUGUUUAUGUGAGUUCUGCUCUGUCAGUGAUGGAAGAGGGAGGAGUCAGAGGGAGGCUGGGAGGAGGAGGAGGAGGAGGAGGAAGGUGGAGUGAAUGUGUGUGUGUGUUCAGCUCCCAGUCAUUCAUCUCUCACAGAGACAAGAGGAAACACCAGAGGACAGAUUUAACUCAAGCUGAUCAGUUCAUCUCUACCUUUAAGAACUUCUUUAACUUCUUGAUUUAAAACCUAAACUCAGCUGUUUGUGCUUCUGCCUGGAGAUAUUUCCAAGGAUUCCAACACAUCGUUCGCAGCUCAGACCUUGGCUGAGCUCAGAGCUGUCCGCUGCAUCUUCAAUAAAACAGACUGGUCGACUUGUUUUGGGAGGAACCCGGACAGGAAGCACCUGGGAUCAGAGCGCUCCUGAAGAAGAGGAGGAACAGGAGGAGGAGGAGGAGGAGGAGGGGGUACCAUCAUCCUCCCAGCUCCUUCACCACCUCAGACACCAAAAACUUCUACAAGUUCACAGCUUUUAACAAAUAUAACCAAGUCUGAUCAACCUGAUCAGACCCUCAGAGGAAGAGCCAAUCAGGACGCAGCGCCGCAGAAUGGAUCUCCCACCAAUCAGAGAAAUGUCUGAUGUUCCGUGAGCCUUGGCUGGACCUUGCCCCGGACCCGGCCUCCGGUCCCGGUACCGCCCAGCUGGACCCCCAGGAUGGAGCCCAGCCGCUCCUUCAGGAAUGAGAUGGACUCGGUGCUCUCUCUGGAGCAGAUCCGGGCCAUCCGGGCCAACAACGACUACCUGGACAGACCCGUGGCCCUGGAACCGGCCUCCCAGUCUGGAUUUUACUAUGCCCACGAGGACCGGUACCCUGCGGGGGUGUACGGCCAGCGCCCCCAGGUGUCCUUGUCCUCGGACCUGUCUCGCAGCCAGAGUCAGCAGGCUCAYUUCUCCCACCUGAGCCGGUCCAGCACCGUCAGCUCGUCCAUCUCCAGAACCAGUGCCACGUCUGAGCAGCGACUGCUGGCGGGUCUGACGCCGUCUCACAGCGGCCUGGGCUCGGUGGUCCACUCUCACAGCGGUCUGGGCUCGGUGGUCCACUCUCACAGCGGUCUGGGUUCGGUGGUCCACUCUCACAGCGGUCUGGGUUCGGUGGUCCACUCUCAGCCCAAAGGGGAGCUGAAGGCCGACGGCUCGUUGGGUAAAGGCCUGUCGGAGGCCGAGGCGGACCUCGGCCUGCACUCGUUCAUCUGCGAGCGCUGCGGCCGCUGYAAGUGCCAGGAGUGCUGCAGCCCCCGCCGCCUGCCAUCCUGCUGGGCCUGCGGCCAGCGCUGCCUCUGCUCGGCCGAGGCCGUGGUGGAGUACGGCACGUGCCUGUGCUGCGUCAAGGGCCUGUUCUACCACUGCUCGGCCCAGGACGACGAGGACGACUGCGCCGACCGGCCCUGCUCCUGCGCUCCGGCCCACGCCUGUGCCCGCUGGAGCAGCAUGGCCCUGCUGGCCCUCUGCCUGCCCUGCCUCUGCUGCUACCCCCCUGCCAGGCUGUGCCUCGCCCUCUGCCGCCGCGCCCACGACCGGGCCACCCGGCCCGGCUGCCGCUGCAGCAACACCAACACGGUGUGCCGCAAGAUCUCCGCCUCCAACCCCAACCACCCCUCGCUGCGGAGCAAAGCCGUGGAGAAGCCGUUAUGACACGCCCACGAGUCAGGACCCGCCUGCCCACCUUCGACAGUCCAACCCACCAGGAACCAGGAGGGACCACAGCUUCACAGAGACACUUACUGCUGGAGACUCGUCUAGAUGACCAAACAGUCGUGCUUCACUGGAAAAGCCCUUUAACUGAGAGUCCCCGGCAGAAACAAGGCCUCUCUGCGUUGUUACCUGAUAACAGUCCUUCCCCCCGCCUGCACAGAAAGAAUUUGCACAAAGAGAGGGGACCAAACAAGGAAGGGAAGACGCCUGCAGCCAACGACUUCCUGUCCUGUCGAACUAAAAACCAAAGAGAGCAGGAGCUUAGAGGACAUUCAGACAACCUGAAGUGGACGUGAGCGAAACCAGACAAACCAGAACGGGACCAGGCACUGUAAAAACCCAGUCCGUUAAUGCUGUUUGUGACAGAGGAACACUGUGAGAUAAAUGUUUUCCUCCACACCCACAACUGAGCAAAGGAUUAUUUAACCAGAGGGAGGAUGCUUUCAUUGUGUGUGUGUGUGUGUGUGUUUGUGUGUGUGUGUGUGUGUGUGUGUGUGUGUGUGUGUGUGUG